AUGGCAUCUGUUCCGACGGACCAGACAGCUGUCCCCACGGACCAAAAGGCAGAGUCCUCCACCUCGUCCAACGAUACACCCAUCCUCCCCCUUGCAGAAUGGCUUCCGGGUGUCACGGUUGCCACCUACAAGGCAGCAAAACCCGGCGGUGCCUCUGACCCGGUGCCGAUGGUGAACUUCUACGUGGCAGACGAUGGAAAACUGCGUACGACGACCCUGGACGCCGAUUUGACCAGCACCUUGUCAAGACACGCCUGUCAACCGUCAUUCGAUCCGAAAGACUCGUCCGAGUGGCCGUGGAACCCGAUGAACGGGUUGGAAUUGGCGUUUAUGGUGUCGCUCUUGCUCAAGGGGAGGUUCGACGACGAAUACCCGGGCCUGAAGGAGCUGGUCGGCAGACUCGGCGAUUUGGAAUUGGAGCGACUGGCCGGUCUCGGAGAGUUGAAGCCAGAAUUGUCGUCGACGGUGUAUUUCCUGAAUGUGCUUCUGGGAGUCGGACGCGGGGAGCUCGAGUACAUCGGUAGGCUGGUGUACAACGAGUGGAGUGAGUUCGUUGGUACGGUGCCGGGUCAGGUGCGCCACGUCAAAAUGCGGGCUAUGGGUUCAAAAUUGGGGGCGAUCCUGGGUCUGGAUUACUGGUAUUGGCAUAAGAAAACCGUCUUCGGCGGUACAGAGGCGCAGAUUUCUUUUCGUGGGCUGAAUCAACAUGUCCGUUUUCAAAGUCCAAAGAAUGGCAGACAAUGCGGUCUUGUAUCCGAGUUGGAAGAGACUUGGGACGACGUGUUUGAUCGACUGGAGGCACUCCUGAGAGCGGGAAGCCAGCAGGAAUCCUCGGAGGGAUCGAGUGCCUGA